GUUGGCCCUGGCCGCAGCCUGGGCGCUCCAAGUAGGAAGAUAAGCGGGAUUGCAGGAAGCGGGAGAGUCGGGAGGAGACGCGAAGGGCUCCUCUUCCCCAUUGGCUGCGCCCGCGGAGCAGCCUCGUUGCGAUUGGCCGUACGCAGUCCCGCGUCGGCCCGCCCCUCGGGCCGCAAGAGGCGCCGGGAUCGCGGGCGCCGGCUGAGCCAGCGGCUCCUGGGAGGCUGCGUCCGCACGCCGGCGGGGCGAGGCGACCGGGCCCUGCGCGUCAGGUCUUGGCCUGGGGCACCGGGGCGACCGGCGGCGGAGGCGGCCUGAGAACUGGAGGAAGCUGGAGAAAAGAUGCCCUCUGACUCUUUCUGUUUGGCUGCCCAGGCUCGCCUUGACUCCAAAUGGUUGAAAACAGAUAUACAGCUUGCAUUCACAAGAGAUGGGCUCUGUGGUCUGUGGAACGAAAUGGUUAAAGAUGGAGAAAUUGUGUACACUGGAACAGAAUCAACCCAGAAUGGAGAGCUCCUUCCUAGAAAAGAUGAUAGCGUCGAACCAAGUGGAACAAAGAAAGAAGAUAUGAAUGACAAAGAGAAAAAAGAUGAAGAAGAAACUCCUGCACCUGUAUAUAGGGCCAAGUCAAUUCUGGAAAGCUGGGUAUGGGGCAAGCAACCAGAUGUAAAUGAACUGAAGGAAUGUCUUUCUGUGCUGGUUAAAGAGCAACAGGCCCUGGCCGUCCAGUCAGCCACCACCACCCUCUCAGCCCUGAGACUCAAGCAGAGGCUAGUGAUCUUGGAGCGCUAUUUCAUUGCCUUGAAUAGAACCGUUUUUCAGGAGAAUGUCAAAGUUAAGUGGAAAAGCAGCAGCAUUUCUCUGCCUCCUGUGGACAAGAAAAGUUCCCGGCCUGCGGGCAAAGGCGUGGAGGGGCUCGCCAGAGUGGGAUCCCGAGCGGCGCUGUCUUUCGCCUUCGCCUUCCUGCGCAGGGCCUGGCGAUCAGGCGAGGAUGCGGACCUCUGCAGUGAGCUGUUGCAGGAGUCCCUGGAUGCCCUGCGAGCACUUCCCGAGGCCUCGCUCUUCGACGAGAGCACCGUGUCCUCUGUGUGGCUGGAGGUGGUGGAGAGAGCGACCAGGUUCCUCAGGUCCGUCGUGACGGGGGAUGUUCAUGGAACACCAGGCACCAAAGGGCCAGGAAGCAUCCCCCUGCAGGACCAGCACUUGGCCCUGGCCAUCCUGCUGGAGCUGGCUGUGCAGAGAGGCACGCUGAGCCAAAUGUUGUCUGCCAUCCUGUUGUUGCUUCAGCUGUGGGACAGCGGGGCACAGGAGACUGACAAUGAGCGUUCCGCCCAGGGCACCAGCGCCCCACUUUUGCCCUUGCUGCAGAGGUUCCAGAGCAUCAUUUGCAGUAAGGAUACACCUCACUCCGAGGGCGACAUGCACCUUUUGUCUGGCCCCCUGAGCCCCAACGAGAGUUUCCUGAGGUACCUCACCCUUCCGCAAGACAGCGAGCUUGCCAUUGAUCUGCGACAGACGGCGGUUGUCGUCAUGGCCCACUUAGACCGUCUGGCUACGCCCUGUAUGCCUCCGCUGUGUAGCUCUCCGACGUCUCAUAAGGGAUCAUUGCAAGAGGUCAUAGGUUGGGGGUUAAUAGGAUGGAAAUACUAUGCCAAUGUGAUUGGUCCGAUCCAGUGCGAAGGCCUGGCCAACCUGGGAGUCAUACAGAUUGCCUGUGCAGAGAAGCGUUUCCUGAUUCUGUCACGUAAUGGCCGUGUGUACACACAGGCCUACAAUAGUGACACACUGGCCCCACAGCUGGUCCAAGGCCUUGCGUCCAGAAACAUUAUAAAAAUUGCUGCGCAUUCUGAUGGUCACCACUACCUGGCCUUGGCUGCCACUGGAGAGGUGUACUCCUGGGGCUGUGGGGACGGCGGACGGCUGGGCCAUGGGGACACUGUGCCUCUGGAGGAGCCUAAGGUGAUCUCCGCCUUCUCUGGAAAGCAGGCCGGGAAGCACGUGGUGCACAUCGCUUGCGGGAGCACUUACAGCGCGGCCAUCACUGCCGAGGGGGAGCUGUACACCUGGGGCCGCGGGAACUAUGGCCGGCUGGGCCACGGCUCCAGUGAGGACGAGGCUAUUCCGAUGCCGGUAGCUGGGCUUAAAGGACUGAAGGUCAUCGAUGUGGCGUGUGGGAGUGGGGACGCUCAAACCCUGGCUGUCACUGAGAACGGGCAAGUGUGGUCCUGGGGAGAUGGUGAUUAUGGGAAAUUGGGCAGAGGUGGUAGUGAUGGCUGCAAAACCCCAAAGCUGAUUGAAAAGCUUCAAGACUUGGAUGUGGUCAAAGUCCGCUGUGGAAGUCAGUUUUCCAUUGCUUUGACGAAAGAUGGCCAAGUUUAUUCAUGGGGAAAAGGUGACAACCAGAGACUUGGACACGGAACAGAGGAACAUGUUCGUUAUCCAAAACUCUUAGAAGGCUUGCAAGGGAAGAAGGUGAUUGAUGUGGCUGCCGGCUCCACCCACUGCCUGGCUCUAACUGAGGACAGCGAGGUCCACAGCUGGGGGAGCAACGACCAGUGCCAGCACUUUGACACCUUGCGCGUGACCAAGCCAGAACCUGCAGCAUUGCCGGGACUGGACACCAAACACAUAGUGGGAAUUGCCUGUGGGCCUGCCCAGAGCUUUGCCUGGUCAUCGUGUUCUGAGUGGUCCAUUGGCCUCCGUGUCCCUUUUGUGGUGGACAUUUGCUCAGUGACUUUUGAGCAGCUGGAUCUCCUGCUGCGGCAGGUGAGUGAGGGGAUGGACGGCUCCGCGGACUGGCCCCCGCCCCAGGAGAAAGAGUGCGUGGCCGUGGCAACGCUGAAUCUUCUACGACUUCAGUUGCAUGCUGCCAUUAGUCACCAGGUUGACCCGGAAUUCCUUGGUUUAGGUCUGGGCAGCGUCCUCCUGAACAGCCUGAAGCAGACGGUGGUGACCCUGGCCAGCAGCGCGGGCGUGCUGAGCACCGUGCAGUCGGCCGCCCAGUCCGUGCUGCAGAGCGGCUGGUCUGUGCUGCUGCCCACCGCCGAGGAGCGGGCCCGGGCACUCUCUGCUCUCCUGCCCUGCGCAGUUUCAGGCAAUGACGUGAACAUAAGUCCAGGUCGUCGAUUCAUGAUUGAUCUUCUGGUGGGCAGCUUGAUGGCUGAUGGAGGGUUGGAGUCAGCCUUACACGCAGCCAUUACUGCAGAGAUCCAGGAUAUCGAAGCGAAAAAAGAAGCACAGAAGGAAAAAGAAAUUGAUGAACAGGAAGCAAAUGCAUCAACAUUUCACAGAAGCAGGACUCCAUUGGAUAAAGACCUUAUUAAUACAGGGAUCUGUGAGUCUUCUGGCAAACAGUGUUUGCCUCUGGUUCAGCUCAUACAACAGCUUCUUAGAAACAUUGCUUCUCAGACUGUGGCCAGAUUGAAGGAUGUUGCCCGUCGGAUUUCAUCGUGUCUGGACUUUGAGCAACACGAUUGUGAAAGAUCUGCCUCACUGGAUUUGUUGCUGCGUUUUCAACGUUUGCUUAUUAGUAAACUUUAUCCAGGAGAAAGUAUAGGUCAGACCUCAGAUAUUUCUAGUCCAGAGCUAAUGGGCGUUGGUUCCUUGCUGAAGAAGUACACAGCCCUUCUGUGCACGCACAUUGGAGAUAUCCUGCCUGUGGCAGCCAGCGUUGCUUCUACCAGCUGGCGGCACUUCGCAGAGGUGGCUUGCAUUGUGGAAGGGGACUUUACAGGUGUUCUCCUUCCAGAACUAGUAGUUUCUAUAGUGCUUCUGCUCAGUAAAAAUGCUGGUCUCAUGCAAGAGGCUGGAGCUGUACCUCUGCUGGGUGGCCUGUUGGAACAUCUGGAUCGGUUCAACCACCUGGCUCCAGGAAAGGAACGGGAUGAUCAUGAAGAGUUAGCCUGGCCUGGCAUAAUGGAGUCAUUUUUUACAGGUCAGAACUGUAGAAAUAAUGAAGAAGUGACGCUUAUACGCAAAGCUGAUUUGGAGAACCAUAAUAAAGAUGGAGGCUUCUGGACUGUGAUUGACGGGAAAGUGUAUGAUAUAAAGGACUUCCAGACGCAGUCGUUAACAGGAAAUAGUAUUCUUGCUCAGUUUGCAGGGGAAGACCCAGUGGUAGCUUUGGAAGCUGCUUUGCAGUUUGAAGACACUCGGGAAUCCAUGCACGCGUUUUGUGUUGGCCAAUAUCUGGAGCCUGACCAAGAAGUUGUCACCAUACCAGAUCUGGGAAGUCUCUCUUCACCUCUGAUAGACACAGAGAGGAACCUGGGCCUGCUUCUUGGAUUGCACGCCUCCUAUUUAGCAAUGAGCACCCCGCUGUCUCCUGUUGAGAUUGAAUGUGCCAAGUGGCUUCAGUCAUCUAUCUUCUCUGGAGGCCUGCAGACUAGCCAGAUCCACUACAGCUACAACGAGGAGAAAGAUGAGGACCACUGCAGCUCCCCAGGGGGCACACCUGCCAGCAAAUCUCGACUCUGCUCCCACAGACGGGCCCUGGGGGACCAUUCCCAGGCAUUUCUGCAAGCCAUUGCAGACAAUAACAUUCAGGAUCACAACGUGAAGGACUUUUUGUGUCAAAUAGAAAGGUACUGUAGGCAGUGCCAUUUGACCACACCGAUCACGUUUCCGCCUGAGCAUCCCGUGGAAGAGGUCGGUCGCUUGCUGUUAUGUUGCCUCUUAAAACAUGAAGAUUUAGGUCAUGUGGCAUUAUCUUUAGUUCAUGCAGGUGCACUUGGUAUUGAGCAAGUAAAGCACAGAACGUUGCCUAAGUCAGUGGUGGAUGUUUGUAGGGUUGUCUACCAAGCAAAAUGUUCGCUCAUUAAGACUCAUCAAGAACAGGGCCGUUCUUACAAGGAGGUCUGCGCUCCUGUUAUCGAACGUUUGAGAUUCCUCUUUAAUGAACUGAGACCUGCUGUUUGUAAUGACCUCUCUAUAAUGUCUAAGUUUAAAUUGUUAAGUUCUUUGCCCCGUUGGAGGAGGAUAGCUCAGAAGAUAAUUCGAGAACGAAGGAAAAAGAGAGUUCCUAAGAAGCCAGAAUCUACGGAUGAUGAAGAAAAAAUUGGAAACGAAGAGAGUGAUUUAGAAGAAGCUUGCAUUUUGCCUCAUAGUCCAAUAAAUGUGGACAAGAGACCCAUUGCAAUUAAAUCACCCAAGGAUAAAUGGCAGCCGCUGUUGAGUACUGUUACAGGUGUUCACAAAUACAAGUGGUUGAAGCAGAAUGUUCAGGGUCUUUAUCCACAGUCUCCACUCCUCAGUACAAUUGCUGAAUUUGCCCUUAAAGAAGAGCCAGUGGAUGUGGAAAAAAUGAGAAAGUGCCUACUAAAACAGUUGGAGAGAGCAGAGGUUCGCCUGGAAGGGAUAGAUACAAUUUUAAAACUGGCAAGCAAGAAUUUCUUACUUCCAUCUGUGCAGUACGCGAUGUUUUGUGGAUGGCAAAGACUUAUUCCUGAGGGAAUCGAUAUAGGGGAACCUCUUACUGAUUGUUUAAAGGAUGUUGAUUUGAUCCCCCCCUUUAAUCGGAUGCUGCUGGAAGUCACCUUUGGCAAGCUGUAUGCUUGGGCUGUUCAGAACAUUCGAAAUGUUUUGAUGGAUGCCAAUGCCAAAUUUAAAGAGCUUGGUAUCCAGCCGGUUCCCCUGCAAACCAUUACCAAUGAGAACCCGUCAGGACCGAGCCUGGGGACCAUCCCACAAGCCCGCUUCCUCCUGGUGAUGCUCAGCAUGCUGACCCUGCAGCACGGUGCCAACAACCUCGACCUCCUGCUCAAUUCCGGCACGCUGGCCCUCACGCAGACGGCACUGCGCCUGAUCGGCCCCAGUUGUGACAAUGUUGAGGAAGAUAUGAAUGCUUCUGCUCAAGGUGCUUCUGCCACAGUUUUGGAAGAAACAAGGAAGGAAACGGCUCCUGUGCAGCUCCCUGUUUCAGGGCCAGAGCUGGCUGCCAUGAUGAAGAUUGGAACGAGGGUCAUGAGAGGUGUGGACUGGAAGUGGGGCGAUCAGGAUGGGCCUCCUCCAGGCCUAGGCCGAGUGAUUGGUGAGCUGGGAGAGGACGGGUGGAUAAGAGUCCAGUGGGACACGGGCAGCACCAACUCCUACAGGAUGGGGAAAGAAGGAAAAUAUGACCUCAAGCUGGCAGAGCUUCCGGCCGCUGCACAGCCCUCAGCAGAGGACUCGGACACAGAGGACGAUUCUGAAGCGGAACAAACUGAAAGGAACAUUCACCCCACUGCAAUGAUGUUUACCAGCACUAUUAACUUACUGCAGACUCUUUGUCUGUCUGCCGGAGUUCACGCUGAGAUCAUGCAGAGCGAAGCCACCAAGACUUUGUGCGGACUGCUGCGAAUGUUAGUGGAAAGCGGAACGACGGACAAGACAUCUUCUCCAAACAGGCUGGUGUGCAGGGAGCAGCACCGGAGCUGGUGCACGCUGGGGUUUGUGCGGAGCAUCGCGCUCACGCCGCAGGUGUGCGGCGCCCUCAGCUCCCCGCAGUGGAUCACGCUGCUCAUGAAGGUCGUGGAAGGGCAUGCACCCUUCACUGCCGCCUCGCUGCAGAGGCAGAUCUUAGCUGUGCAUUUAUUGCAAGCAGUCCUUCCGUCAUGGGACAAGACCGAAAGGGCGAGGGACAUGAAGUGCCUUGUGGAGAAGCUGUUUGGCUUCUUGGGGAGCUUGCUCACUACCUGCUCUUCUGACGUGCCCUUACUCAGAGAGUCCACGCCGCGGCGGCGCAGGGCGCGCCCGCAGGCCUCGCUGACCGCCACGCACAGCAGCACACUGGCGGAGGAGGUGGUGGCACUGCUGCGCACGCUGCACUCGCUGACUCAGUGGAACGGGCUCAUCAACAAGUACAUCAACUCCCAGCUCCGCUCCGUCACCCACAGCUUUGCAGGAAGGCCUUCCGAAGGGGCCCAGCUAGAGGACUACUUCCCCGACUCCGAGAACCCUGAAGUGGGGGGCCUCAUGGCGGUCCUGGCUGUGAUCGGAGGCAUCGAUGGUCGCCUGCGCCUGGGCGGCCAAGUUGUGCACGAUGAGUUUGGAGAAGGCACCGUGACUCGCAUCACCCCGAAGGGCAGAAUCACCGUGCAGUUCUCCGACAUGCGGACGUGUCGCGUGUGCCCACUGAGUCAGCUGAAACCACUCCCUGCUGUGGCCUUUAAUGUGAACAACCUGCCCUUCACAGAGCCCAUGCUGUCGGUCUGGGCUCAGUUGGUGAAUCUCGCUGGAAGCAAGUUAGAAAAGCACAAAAUAAAGAAAUCUACUAAACAGGCCUUUACAGGACAAGUGGACCUGGACCUGCUGCGGUGCCAGCAGUUGAAGCUAUACAUCCUGAAAGCAGGUCGGGCGCUGCUCUCCCACCAGGAUAAACUGCGGCAGAUCCUGUCUCAGCCAGCUGUUCAGGAGACUGGAACUGUUCACGCAGAUGAUGGAGCAGUGGCAUCACCUGACCUUGGGGACAUGUCUCCUGAAGGGCCACAGCCCCCCAUGAUCCUCUUGCAGCAGCUGCUGGCCUCGGCCACCCAGCCGUCUCCUGUGAAGGCCAUAUUUGAUAAACAGGAACUUGAGGCUGCUGCACUGGCCGUGUGCCAGUGCUUGGCUGUGGAGUCCACUCACCCUUCGAGCCCAGGAUUUGAAGACUGCAGCUCCAGUGAGGCCACCACGCCUGUCGCCGUGCAGCACAUCCGCCCGGCCAGAGUGAAGAGGCGCAAGCAGUCUCCCGUUCCCGCCCUGCCCAUUGUGGUGCAGCUCAUGGAGAUGGGAUUUCCCCGAAGGAACAUCGAGUUUGCGCUGAAGUCUCUCACUGGUGCUUCCGGGAAUGCAUCCGGCUUGCCUGGUGUGGAAGCCUUGGUCGGGUGGCUGCUGGACCACUCCGACGUCCAGGUCACGGAGCUCUCGGAUGCAGACACAGUGUCCGACGAGUAUUCUGAUGAGGAGGUGGUGGAGGACAUGGAUGAUGCUGCCUACUCCAUGUCUACUGGUGCUGUUGUGACGGAGAGCCAGACCUAUAAAAAACGAGCUGAUUUCUUGAGUAAUGAUGAUUAUGCUGUAUAUGUGAGAGAGAAUAUUCAGGUGGGAAUGAUGGUUAGAUGCUGCCGAGCGUAUGAAGAAGUGUGUGAAGGCGAUGUUGGCAAAGUCAUUAAGCUGGACAGAGAUGGAUUGCAUGAUCUCAAUGUGCAGUGUGACUGGCAGCAGAAAGGGGGUACCUACUGGGUUAGGUACAUUCAUGUGGAACUUAUAGGCUAUCCUCCACCAAGUUCUUCUUCUCACAUCAAGAUUGGUGAUAAAGUGCGGGUCAAAGCCUCUGUUGCCACACCGAAAUACAAGUGGGGAUCUGUGACUCAUCAGAGCGUGGGGGUUGUGAAAGCUUUCAGUGCCAAUGGAAAAGAUAUCAUUGUCGACUUUCCCCAGCAGUCUCACUGGACUGGGUUGCUGUCAGAAAUGGAGUUGGUCCCCAGUAUUCAUCCUGGGGUUACGUGUGAUGGAUGUCAGAUGUUUCCUAUCAAUGGAUCCAGAUUCAAAUGCAGAAACUGUGAUGACUUUGAUUUUUGUGAAACGUGUUUCAAGACCAAAAAACACAAUACUAGGCAUACAUUUGGCAGAAUAAAUGAACCAGGUAUGGCAGAAUGUUUAUAUUCUCUCUUCCGCCGAAUAUGAAUGAAGUUCUUACUGUGGACCACAGUGUAUUGGAAUUUGUUGUUUUAAGGUUCCUGUGUAUUCGGUGAACUCUGUAGAGUGAGUACAGUGAAAUGGAAGUGACAGUCCUACCCACUGAUGACCGGCUGGCUUUUUAAAAAUAAUCCAGAUGGUGUAUCGGGGAAGAAAUAGAAUAACUAGGCUUGUUUGCUUGUAUUUCCAAACAUUAAAAGAAUCUCAAGAAACUAGUCACUGUUUAGUUACAUGGCAUGUGGAAUUGGUUAGAUGGAGAGUGAGUUUUUAAAUGUAUAUACCUUUUAUUAUAUUUUUCAUUGUGGCAAAAUAUAUAUAACUUAAAAUUAGCCAUUUAAGCAUUUUCGAAGUUUAUAAUUCGGGGUAUUAAGUACCUUAAGUACAGUGUUGCACAACCAUCACAGCUGUCUAUUACCAAAACUUUACACCACUCCGAUGAAAAACUCUGUACCCAGUAAGCAAUUUAACUGCCCUACUUCCCCCUACCUCACCCCUGGUAACCUUGAAUCUGACUUUGGCCUCUAUGAAUAUGACCACUCCAGACACUUCAUCUAGAUGGAACCAUAUAAGAUUUAUCCUUUUGUGUUUAGCCUAAUGUCUUCAAGCUUUAUCC